AUGGCGCGGCGCGGGCCGCGCGGCUAGACGGGCGCCAGAGGAGCCACCGGCCCGCGCCCUCCGUUCUCGGCCUCCCGGACCGGGCGCCGAGCCGCUGGGAGCCGCCUUCGCCGACGCGGGGCACCUGGACACUCGCGAGAUGCCCAACCCCAAAAACAGUAAAGGCGGCCGCAAAAACAAGCGCGCCAACAGCAGCGGGGACGAGCAGGAAAAUGGAGCCGGCGCCCUGGCAGCGGCGGGCGCGGCGGGCGCGGUGGCCGGGGGGGCCCUGGCGGCGGCGGCCGGCUGCGGAGCGGCGGCGGCGGGCGUGCCGGGCACCGGGGGCGCGGCGGGCGCGGGAGGCGCGGGGCCCGGCGCCGCGGCCGCGGCGGCCGCCGCGGGGACUGCAGCCGCUGGUGACGCCAAGAACGAAGCCCCUUGUGCCACGCCGCUGAUCUGCAGCUUCGGGAGGCCGGUUGACCUGGAGAAGGACGACUACCAGAAGGUGGUGUGCAACAACGAGCACUGCCCUCACAGCACCUGGAUGCACCUGCAGUGCUUCUACGAGUGGGAGAGCAGCAUCCUGGUCCAGUUCAACUGCAUCGGCCGGGCCCGCAGCUGGAACGAGAAGCAGUGCCGCCAGAACAUGUGGACCAAGAAGGGCUACGACCUGGCCUUCCGCUUCUGCUCCUGCCGCUGCGGCCAGGGCCACUUGAAGAAGGACACGGACUGGUACCAGGUGAAGCGGAUGCAGGAUGAGAAAAAGAAGAAGUCGGGGUCGGAGAGGAACACCGGGAGGCCCCCCGGUGAGGUGGCGGAGGAGGCCAAGAAGUGCCGGCCGCCCACCAAGCCCCAGAAAGGCCUGAGCCACGACCUGCCCCGCCGGCAUUCCAUGGACCGGCAGAACUCCCAGGAGAAGGGCGGCGGGGCCGCAGCCUACGGGGCGCGCUCCCCCUGCGGCUCCCCGGGCCAGUCCCCGCCCACCGGCUACUCCAUCCUCUCCCCCGCCCACUUCAGCGGCCCCCGCUCCUCCAGGUACCUCGGGGAGUUCCUAAAGAACGCCAUCCACCUGGAGCCUCACAAAAAGGCCCUGGCGGGGGGCCACGUGUUCCGAAACGCCCACUUUGACUACAGUCCGGCCGGGUUGUCAGUUCACAGGGGGGGCCACUUCGACGCGCCCGUGCAGUUCCUGCGGCGCCUGGACCUGUCCGAGCUCCUCACUCACAUCCCCCGGCACAAGCUGAACACUUUCCACGUGCGGGUGGAGGACGAUGCCCAGAUGGGCCAGGGCGAGGAUCUGCGGAAGUUCAUCCUCGCGGCCCUCAGCGCCAGCCACAGGAACGUGGUGAACUGUGCCCUGUGCCACCGGGCACUCCCGGUGUUCGAGCAGUUCCCGCUGGUGGACGGAACUCUGUUCUUAAGCCCCUCGAGACACGAUGAGAUCGAAUACGAUGUUCCCUGUCACCUCCAAGGGAGGCUCAUGCAUCUGUACGCAGUGUGCGUGGACUGCCUGGAAGGGGUUCACAAGAUCAUCUGCAUCAAGUGUAAGUCGCGGUGGGAUGGCAGCUGGCACCAGCUGGGCACCAUGUACACCUAUGACAUCCUGGCCGCCUCUCCAUGUUGUCAGGCCCGCCUGAACUGUAAGCACUGCGGGAAGCCAGUGAUCGACGUGCGGAUUGGGAUGCAGUACUUCUCCGAGUACAGCAAUGUCCAGCAGUGUCCACACUGUGGCAACCUGGACUACCAUUUCGUGAAGCCAUUUUCCUCCUUCAAAGUUCUCGAAGCUUAUUGAUGAAAGCUUUGCUUUAGUAAUAGCUAUUUUAUUGAUAUUAUUACUUUAUUACAUAUCUUUUCUAGGGAAGCCUUCCGUGACAUUCAUUUCUUUUCUAAUUGAAAGGAGAGUUCCUUUGUGUAUGUGUGCCACUAAAAGGGGGGCUGCCCCUUGCCUUCUCUUGACUCCCGAGUGUUAGUCUGUGGUCAUGACCAGAGCCCAGCCGGUACUCCUGUGAGCUUGGGGGAGCGGUUAACUAUCACUAAGAGUCUCUCGGGCAGCUUUUAGGGUGGUGGGGAAGAUGGGGUGAAUCUAGGAAAGGGAUUAUGUGGUCGUAAACUGAGAGCACGGUAGGAGUUGGGAAGAAACUCUUACUAAAAUGUUAACUGUCUAAAGACCCACUUUUAGAUCUUCUCUGGGCCUUGGGAAAAACAUGUGACAAGUGAAUGUAAUCUGUGCCUGGAGAGCUGAUGGUGUGUUUGUCCACCUUGGUUUGGUGUUCCGCAGUGCAUGCUGGCCUGCAGUUUCCCCUCACUGACAGAUCAUUGGAAGGUGGACAUGAGCCCUGAUUCUAUCCCUGUUGUAGUUUAGCAGCCAGUUUUCAUACUGAAAAUAAUAUCCAAAUUAUAAGGCAUAUGAAAGUAUAUAUUUUUAGGUAAGCUGACCUAUAACAAAGAGAAUAUGCUAAAUGAAUUUGGAAAUGAUGCAGACUGACUCAAGAGGGCAAACAGGCAGAACGCUGUCAUCUGAACUGUGUCUUUGAAGUUGGUCAAACAAGCUCUUAAGGAGAAUCCAAGAAUAACAUGAUUUGAGCGGUACUGAUUUAUACAGCUUGCACUGUCGAAGUGCCAUUUGACGUCAGAUCCUUCUCACAGGUAAAUCUCACAGCCACAGACCCGGACUGGUGAGUUUCAGAACCAAUUGCCGUACUUGCCUUCCCCCCAAAUUGCUUAUGGCUGCAUUUUACCCCGUUAACGCUGCGUUUCCCAAAUCAAAGAUUUUGCCCUACGAAGGAAAGGAAAAAAUUAUUUGUGAACCUUUGAGGAAAAGAAUAAUUUUAGUAUUUCUUUUUAAAGUGUUUCAUUUUGGGAUAUCACUGAUUAUAAUGCACAACAAUAUGUUUGAAAAUAGAUUAUUCUGAAGAUCUCCAUGAUACCUUACCAUUGGUGAAGAAGAUGAUACUUUACAGAACUUGAUUGGUCAGAGCAUUGAGCUUUCCAAAGUCCCAGCCUUCUGUUUAUUAGAGCUUUCUGAUUUAAGUAGACUGACACCCCAUACCUUUAGAGAACUGGGAUUGGAAUAUGAGUUCUCAAAAAUGAAUUUGAUAAUUUCAACUAUAAUACACAUAUAUGCUAAAAGAAUGUUGAAAAUAUGAUCCUUUUAUGGGCAGCUAAAUUUGGGGUUAUGUGAAUAUUUUCUAUUAUUUCGUUUAUACCAUUUUUUUUUCCUCAGAAAAACAGUUGUUUUUCCUCUCAGAAGUGUUCAGGCAUCAUUGCAAGUGAGUUUCAGUUCUGCUACAUGGAAUAUUUGAUGUUUUGUUAGAAAGAACACAGCUGACUGUGAGAGAUUGACUAAUAUUCUUUAUCUUUCGGUUUGCAUGAUUGUAAUUCGGCUGACAACAUCCAGUUUGAUGUUUGAUGAUCUGAAGAGUAUCACAGUGAGAGGAAAUGCUGAAUGUCUGUAAGAAGCAGCAAAUUGUCAUUGCUUUCACAGUAUUUGAUGCAAGGAAAAGAGGUCUAUAGGACACAUCCCUUGCAAAUUUAUGUUUAAUACACAAAGCUGUAACUGAACUAGCUGUUUCGCUAUUGAUUCUCUCACGUACCCAGUUAUAAAACUUGGUGAGUUUCUCUUGUCUUCAGAGUACCAUUGGAUUUUAUUUCUGAAUUUAAAAUGAAUAGUAAAAUAUUUGUUCUUUAACCCACCUCAAUUUCUAAAGAGAAACCUGCUUGUAUUGUUGUUCUGAAGCUUCAAGUUUACGUGUAGAUCACGUUCAUCAAGCU